UUUAGUUAUACCAACAAGUUCAAUUGCAGCGUCUUCAAGAAACCGGGGAAACUACCAACACAUUGGAAAUCUGAGGUCCUUACCAAGUGGAAAAGGAAUUGUAUCACUGGCGCACUCCAUAGAGCCAAACGCAUCUCUACCGAUUUUGACAAGGACAUAAAAACUCUAGAAACUUCUUUCAUCAAUGCAGGUUAUCCGAAACGUUUUAUUUCACAUACAAUCAACAACUUUCUAAACGACUCGUCACAAGAUGACAACUUAAUUCCGAAUUUUCUCUUCGAAGAACGAAAGAAAGUUUUCGUCAAGCUUCCUUUUUGCGGUAAAAACGAAAAACUCAGUAAGACGUUUAUUGAAAAACUAAACAAGUUUACUAAUUUCAAUUUCAUCUUUAUAAUCCGGUGGCAAAAAAGGCAAAUCAAAAGCCUCUUUAACAACAAAGACAAAAACACUCCCAGAUCCAAAGUUGUUUACAAAGGUGAUUGCUCUUGUGGCGUUAAUUACAUUGGCGAGACUGUGAGAAACUUAGCAGUACGAAUUGCGGAGCAUUCAAAUCUUGUUCACACCUCUGAACCUGCAAAACACCUGCGGGAAACCCAUCACAUUCUUUCACUUGGCGUGUUCUCUUCUCAGCACAAACAUUCCACAAGCGUAGGAUCGUCGAGGGACUAA